CGUGGUUUCUAUUCGCAAGAGGAUGCGCUUAUCAUAGACAUGCUUGUGAGGAAUCCUUGUAUGAAAGAGGACGACAUAGGUGAGCUGUUGCGCUUUGAGAAGAAACAGCUGCGAGCAAGGAUAACAACAUUGCGCACGGACAAGUUUAUACAGAUACGUCUAAAGAUGGAGACCGGGCCGGAUGGGAAAGCGCAAAAAGUGAACUAUUACUUUAUCAACUACAAAACGUAUGUGAAUGUGGUUAAAUACAAGCUGGACUUGAUGCGAAAACGCAUGGAGACAGAGGAACGUGAUGCGACAAGCCGCGCCAGCUUUAAGUGUUCUUCGUGCUCCAAAACAUUUACAGACUUGGAGGCGGAUCAAUUAUUUGACAUGGCGACGCUGGAGUUUCGAUGUACUUACUGCGGCAGUUCUGUAGAGGAAGAUAGCGCGGCCAUGCCCAAGAAGGAUUCACGCCUGAUGCUUGCCCACUUCAAUGAACAGCUGCAGCCGCUCUAUGAUCUGCUGCGCGAGGUGGAGGGCAUUAAGUUGGCACCAGAGGUGCUUGAGCCCGAACCUGUGGAUAUUGAUACUAUACGUGGCAUUAACAAGCCCAAUGCGCUGCGUCCCGAUGGCCUGCAAUGGUCUGGUGAGGCGACCAGAAACCAAGGCUUUGCUGUCGAAGAGACACGCGUGGAUGUUACCAUUGGCGGUGAGGAUAGCUCUGAUGCUGUGGUGGAACGCAAGUCAAGACCUAUCUGGAUGACCGAAAGCACUGUGAUAACCGAAACGGAUACCGGCGAUGGCAGCAAUUUAGUUGAUACAGCACCAACGGCUGGCACCUCUGGCCAUCGCAAUAAAAAGGAGAAUGAAGAUAUUAUGUCUGUGCUGUUGCAGCAUGAGAAGCAACCUGGACAGCGGGACGCUAGCAUGAAGGGCAUGCGCAAAGGCUCCUCAAAUGCCAACUCUAGUGAUUCCAGUGAUGAUGAGAACGAUAUUGACAAUACUAAAAUACCAAAUGUUGAUUUUGACAACUACAUCAACUCGGAAUCAGAAGAGGAGGAAGACGAUGUGCCUACAGUCCUGGUGGCUGGACGACCGCAUCCGCUGGAUAAGCUGGAUGAUAAGCUAAUUGCUCAGAUGACGCCUCAGGAGAAGGAGAACUAUAUACACGUCUACCAGCAGCACUAUAGCCAUAUAUACGACUGAUACUUCUCACACUAGUGCAUUAAGUUUUUAGUCUCAUUGUUAGCUUAGUUUGCGUAUAUAAAAUGAAGUACAA